AUGGUUUCACUUUUGAGACUGCUACAUCCGUUAGUUUUACCCAUGCCGGAAAUUUCAUCUGGCAUGGGGAUGAUAGAUGAGUGGCGUGCUAUACGUACUAAAACAUGCUUAAUAGAGCAAACUGAUGAUAGCUAUGAUUCUGAUAAACACGAUGAUGAUGUACAUGAAGAGGAUUUUGAUGGUGGUGAUGAAAGUGAUCAUGGUUUAAAUACUGACGACACUGGAGGUGGUCAAGAUUUAGAUAAUGAUUGGCACGAUGGUGUUUUCAGAAAUUAUGAUGAACGAUUUGAUGACGAUUUCGUUUGUGAUAGAGGUGAUGAUAUUUUCUCUGAUGAUAAUGAUGAUGAUGAUGGUGUUGGUGAUGAUGCUGAUUCUGACAUUGCUGCUGAUGCUUAUGAUAAUGAUGAUGAUGAUGAUGGUGGUGGUGAUGAUGCUGAUGCUGAUACUGCUGCUGAUGCUGAUAAUGAUGAUGAUUUAUAA